CGGACGUUGCGCUGCUCAGGAAGCUCCUGAGUGACUCGAACGAUAAGAAGCGUGCUGGAAGACUCGAAAAAAAUCGGCGGACAGCGAAAUUGAUCGAGAAAAGGUGGAAGGUCGAGAAGUGAGAAAAUCGCUUUUACAUAAAUGUGAGCGAUAUGUUAAACAGGUUGUGACAGUUGACUGUCGAAGGAAGAUGGAUGGGGCAGCAGCAGGCAAUUUUGAGGGGGGAGGCUCUGCGACAGACCGAGAAGAGGAAAGUAAAGAGGACGGAUGGGACGACGGGGACGAUGAUGAUGACGAUGAGGAUGGAAUAGAAGAAAGGAAUCACGAAAAUGACGAGAGGAAGAGAGAGGAGAAAAAGCCACUCAGGAUUCCAGACGCCGAUCGAUGAUGAGGAACCGCGGGUGGGAGGAGGGGAGGGGAUCUUUUCU